ACAUACAGAAGCAAAUUAACUCUCAAUUUGUCGUGUUAAAUUCCUCCACUACCUUAAAAAAUCUGACCACAUGCAUUGACUCAAAAUAAGAAAGUUAUGCUGCCUUAAAAAUGUAACCAAACACACAUUGGCCCAAAAUAAGAAAGUGAUCCAUGCUAUUCAUAGUUAAUACACAACAGAGACUGUCUCACUAUCAAAUAGGUCACAGGCUAAACAGGAGGAAUUUUGAAUACCUAAUAGAAGAAUAAACAAUAUAGAAGGAUUGUUAAAAUAUGUAUCUCUAAAGAGCUGAAAGAGUAAAAAUCUGUGUACCUUCACUUAAAACUUUAGACAAAUCUCAGCACUUUGCCAGCUCCAAACAGAAAGGCUACUGCUGGUGGAGUCUAGGAGUUCUGAAGUAUUUCAGUUAGCCCCAAUUUUUAACAACAUUGAUCUUUAACCUAGUUUGCUACUGUAUUCAAGUACAUUCCAAUUAAAUUUCUAUGCAGUCAAAUCUCUAGCUUUUAUUAAAAAAAUCUAAAAUAGAGGCAUUAUCUUAAUAUUCUCUUCACAAUUUCAGAAGGAGGAAAAGGUAAGCUAUAGAGUGACUAUGAUCCAAAUAAUUUUGUUAAUAAACUGAUUAGAGAGCUUGAGGGCUUUGGUAGUGACUUCUGCAGCCUGAUGGUUUGCUUCAUUUAAAAUAUCCUGAAGUAGAGGAACUGUUGUUUAAUGGGGUUACAGAAACUAUAGAGAUCACUAAUGAAACGGUGCCUUUAAGAAAGUCAGUACUCAUCUGCCACUGACCUUGGAGUUUACCCUCUUUACACUGAGAGCCUGCUGGGUUGACUACAUACCAGCUGAAUUCACACGUUACAAAAGUUUGCUCCUAACAAUUCUCUAUUUGAUUACUUUUCUCCCUGAUUUCUGGACUCUACCUUGGUUACACAACUCUUGUAAACAAUGCAGAAGAUAGUUCUAAAAUAGCAUCCAUUUCAAAGUAUGCAGCUUUCAUGGGAUCCUUCCAAUCCUAGAGCUUGAAAAUAGUAGGUUUUAUUUGCUGUGGGCUACGUUCAGCCCCCUAAAUAAGAUGUAAAUAUGCUGCUAUGGUCAUGGUGUACUCAUUUAAAAAAAAAAAAAAAGUACAACAAAGAUCCAACUCAAAUCAGGUUAACGUCUUUAUUCUGCAGGUUAGUUACCUACCAGAGGCAGAAUGAACCUCAUAAGAGAGUAAAUGUAUGUGUGCCUAACUAAAGACCAGAAAGACAAAGUCUCAUUUUAAAAAGUAACAUUUCCCUAAAAUGAAGCAGAGACUUCUGGUGGGGGCUGACUUACAAUUGCACAGGUAAAGUCCUGCAGUUGCAGUGAAUCUAAGGCACAGCAAAAGUGAUAGGAGUUAAAAUACUGUUAAAACGUGCUCCAGAAAUGCAUGUUUCUAAUUGCAAUGGUGGAAGCCAAAGGUAACACAUUUUUCCUCCAGGGGAAUGCAUAAAAUAACUAAAUAGCCUAGACUCAUUUUAGACUUACCUCUCAUCAAGGAUGAGGAGAAGAAAAAAAAAAGCCAUCACAGAGAGAAAUCUCCUGAGAGAUAAACAUGGGUAGGUUAAUUAUCCCACGCUAUAGCCACAGAUAAAUCCUUAACUGGAGCUGAAAUUUCUGAUUUGAGAAGAAAUUUAUAUUUCUUAAAAUUGAGAGGUCUAUAGAGCAUAAUUCUUCAAGAAAAGAGAGAAAAAUUAAACGGAAUAUACUUCGCUUCCUAGAAAACAGAUCCCUGAGGUUGAGCUAGGCGAUACUCACAUUGUUUCCACAAGCAAUGAUACAGCAGACAUAUUUUCAUAGACAAGGUUCAUGUUUGUAUAGGUUAUUUAUUUUCUCAUUGUUUACUAAGUAAAUAGUAAGAAUGAGCAUGUUGAAAGUCAUAUGGGCUUUCUGAUAAGCAGCCUCAGUUUAAAGGCCUUGCUAUAAAAUCACUCAUCCUGUUAGUUUCUACUUGCUGACAUUGAGGCUUCCUAUUGAUAGGCAAAAUGGCUGUUCAUUCUGUCUCUCUUGUUUUCUUAGCUGGCCUGGCAUUUUUCUCCAAAGCUGCACCACUGGGCUCUGCUGAUUUCAAGCAUCCUCUCAAUGUGAAAAUUCUGGAUUCAGUUCGGGGAAGUCCAGCUCCAAACGUUCCAAUUAAAUUAUAUAAAGCAGCUGCAGAUGGAUCUUGGGAACUGCUAAAUUCAAAACAAACCAAUGAGAAUGGAGAGUUCCACGAGCUCACAACUAAAGAACAAUUUGUAACAGGGAUAUACAAGAUUGAGUUUGAUACAGCCUCUUACUGGAAGGGACUGGGCCUGAACCCAUUCCAUCAAUAUGCUGAUGUGGUGUUCACAGCUAAUGAUGCUGGUAAUCGACAUUAUACCAUUGCUACUCUCCUCAGUCCCUUUUCUUACUCAACUACAGCAGUAGUUAGUGAGCCAGUGGAGUAGCCACUGAUGUUAAGCAUGAAAUCUUAGAUUUGUAAAUUCAGUUCUUACCGUUUAUGGAAACUUUAAUGACUGUAGCAAUAGUAUUAGUGCUUUACUAUUAAAAUUGUUAUACAAGUGCUAACAGUAAUUA